AAGUUAUUUUUAUCAAAUCGACGCCAUCUUUUUAAAAGAUGCUUUGAUUUUUGAUCGAAGCACACUGCAAACCACACUUGUCCUAACCUGGACGCUGGACCGCCGCACGACCAUUGCUGCCUUCUCCGACGACGUCAUAUAGAAACACGUUAUCACAUUUUGAUCCUACAGUAAGGUUGCCCCAAAAACCAGCAGCGAUGAAGGCGUACGUGAAGAAGUCUACAAACCGCAGGAGAUACUUGUCGGAGUGAUCUUGAGAAAGACGGGCGUUUGACCCUUCGAUGACCCAGGAGUCCUGGCACGUGGCACACGUUCCCCUUCUUGUCCCCGAAGCUGUCGAUGAAGCAGAGGAGGAAGCAGGCGGCGACACAGAGGACGAGGACGAGGACGAGAUAGUGACACAGUGGACGUUGCGGUCGCAGGCGUCGCGGAAGGCGGAAUUAAGGGAGAGGAGUUUGAAAGCUAGGAAGGGAUUCUGGCUUUUGCAUUUGUACCUUGGCUGUUUGACCAUUUGAUAUCAGGAGAUGAUUAUUAUGUUUGUGAACGGCUUACUUCCUCGCCUCUCUGAUGUUUCACUUUUGUAUGCUGAGUUUUGACAUGGAAUUGCAAAGAAGCCAGUGCUUUUAUUAGGCUUGGAGGCUUGCAAAAUAGAAUUGCACUAAUGGGUAGCAAGACAAUGAUUAAAUGGUCUAAACAAAUUACACCUUCCCAGGUGGAGAAGCUUAUACGAGCAGAAAAAGACAUACAGAAAGCUAUUCUUGUAUUUGAUUCAGCAACAGCAGAGUAUGUGAAUGGCUUUCGGCACGAUCACAAUACAUUUGGACUCAUGAUAUCCCGAUUAGUCUCUGCAAACUGUUUUAGAUCAGCUGAAGCACUGCUUAACAGAAUGAAGGAGGAAAAAUGUAGUAUUCCUGAAGACAUAUUCCUAUCCAUUUGCAGAGCUUAUGGCCGAGUUCACAAACCAUUGGAUGCCAUUAGGGUUUUCCACAAGAUGAAGGAAUUCCAGUGUGAACCCACCCAAAAGUCUUACAUUACACUGUUUUCUGUUCUUGUUGAUGAAAACCAGUUAAAGAUGGCUAUAAGAUUUUAUAGGUAUAUGAGAGAAAUGGGCAUUCCUACUAGUGUGGCUUCGCUCAAUGUUUUGAUUAAAGCACUUAGCAAGAAUGCUGGAACAAUUGAUGCAGCUAUUGGGGUAUUCAGGGAGAUGCCCAAUCGUGGGUGCAUGCCAGAUUCAUAUACAUAUGGUACUUUGAUUAAUGGGUUGUGUAGAUUGGGAAAGACUGGUGAAGCAAAGGAACUUUUUAAAGAGAUGGAGGUGAAGGGUUGUUCGCCUACCGUGGUUACCUACAGUUCUUUGAUACAUGGUUUAUGCCAGUCUAGAAAUUUGGAUGAAGCUUUGGGAUUGUUAGAGGACAUGAUAAGCAAAAGUAUAGAGCCUAAUGUGUUUACUUACAGUUCUUUAAUGGACGGUCUUUGCAAAAGUGGGCGUUCUUCAGAAGCCAUGGAGCUAUUGGAGAUCAUGGUUGCCAAACGGUUGGCACCCAAUAUGAUAACUUACAGUACUUUGAUUCAUGGGCUUUGUACUGAAGGAAAACUUCAAGAAGCUACGGAGAUUCUUGACAGGAUGAAGCUUCAGGGCUUGAAACCAGAUGCAGGGUUGUAUUCAAAAUUAAUAAAUGGCUUCUGCGACAUUCGCAAUUUCCAGGAUGCUGCAAACUUCCUUGAUGAGAUGGUCCUUGAAGGGAUAUCACCUAAUCGGGUAACCUGGAGCCUUCAUGUUAGGAUUCAUAAUGCAGUCGCCCAAGGUCUUUGUACUGGGGGUGGUCCAAAUAGAGCUUUUCAAUUGUAUCUAAGCAUGCGUACUAGGGGUAUUAGUAUAGAUGCCAGGACUUUUGAUUCUCUUGUGAAUUGUUUCUGUAAGAAAGGAGACCUGAACAAAGUUGCUCGCAUUAUUGAUGAGAUGGUUCUCGAUGGAUGUGUUCCUAAUGAUGCAACAUGGACUGCAGUGGUUGGUGGAUUUUGGGAUCGAAGGAAAGUCCGGGAAGCUGCUGAGUUGUUACAUGUUGAGCUUACUGGAAAAAAUUCAGAGUCCAGAAUGUAGAUCUAAAAUUAAUUUUGAUAGACUAAAUUGCGGGCUUGAAAUUGCUGUUUUGACUAAGAGAUGGUUAAAUUGCUGGAAAUGCUCAUAAAGUUGCUCUUAAGAGAAAACAGAUUGCUUGGUACACUUCGCAAUUGCGAGAAAUGGAGGUACAUAUUAGUCAAAGAAACAAGGUGAGGUUUAAUUUGGAGAUAGGGGAAAGCCAAUUCCAUGACGCUGGGUGGGGAACACAACAAACAACAUACUGCAAAUGAUACCAAUCCCAACUGGCAAUGAUGUGAGCAGCUCCCUAGUCUCAUCAGAUGGUGUUGGAUAGAAGCAGCUCACCACAUUCUGGUUAAAGAGUGCUACUGCUGCAAAAACUAGUAUCGACAUCAAAGCAUGCAUAAAAUCUAUAAAUCGUAGCUGGUAUUUUGCUGCAAGUUCUGGAGGAAGGGUGGUUGAUCCAUCAAUGACCCACAAACCUCGAAAUGUGGCAAACCCGUAGCACACAUUUCCAUUCUUGUCUCUGAAGCUAUCUGUGAAGCAUAGUAGAAAACAUGACAUGCCACAGAGGGCAACAAGCCCAGCUGUCAUGGACUGGCUGGCUGAGUCACACUCCCCUUCAUUUGUGAAAAUGGGUGCAAGAAGUUGAAAAGCGAGAACUGAACCGGUUGGUAAAAGAUUGGCUAAAUGGGCUGUGCUCAGAAAUGUCUGGCUAAUGGCCUUUUGUAUUAAUGACUUCUCCCCCGUUUCAGGUGUGGCUUUGUUUUCCAGCAGGGGCAUUUUUUGUUCAUCAAGAUGUUGAGGCUUCUCAGCUUCCACGUUAAUCUCCAUGCUAAAGACACCUCCCUCUCACUCUCUCUCUGCUGCGUUUGAUCUCAAAUUGGGUUGUUAUGACAGGUUCGUUUUCAUUUUCAACGAUUGGUAUGUUUAUAAGUAGUGCAAAGAGUUGAAUUUGAGUGAAGGAAAAGGGAGGCAAGGCAGAUUUAUAAUGCCUUGGAAGAAACUGAUACCUGAACACAUGCUGAAAUUGGGUGGGAACAACAGCUGCCAGAUGAAUCCUGCAGAGUAGUUUCACUUCUUAUGCCUAUUGCCUAUUAGUGUUGUGAAGCAUGGCUUACAAGUCACAGGGGCAAGCUCUGUACGUGUAUUAAGUUUUAAUUGACAUUAUUGGAGCUAAAGCUGUUGAAAAGUUGGGAAA